CUUUCCCCAAAGGUUUAAACUCUUUAACUGGUGAUGUUUUGUAAUGUCCGCUGUGUUUAAAGAGGGAAGCUGCCAUCUACGCCCCUCAUCUCAGUCACCCGAGCUGCUCCUGCAGACAUGCGUAACCAGGCAACAGCAAACAAACCGGCUGGAUGACUCCAAAGGAGAGUUGUUGUUCUGCCUAAAGCUGCUCAAAUUGUCCUGUUGGUCGACUUUCAUCUAACUGAACCGUCAGAAAAUGAGCUCAGAAAUUAUUGUGUCUCGGCCGUAUUAUGACACCAGAGCUGCAGCUCAGGGAGUCCAGAAGAAAAGUCCUCUGCUGGAGCAGGAUGUCCCACAGCCGUCUUCAGGCUCAGCCACCGCCGGUUACCGCUCUGCCAAAUAUACCCCAGGUGAAUGGUUCUCCAACUACCACAACAUCCUUGAGCAAGCCGGUACCAACCGCCACGAAGCCCAGAACAUACAGCGGGAGUCCAGAACUUUGAACCAGGACACAGAGGCUGCUGCUUUAAAGACCCAGGCAGAGGGAACACGUCUUCUGGGAGAGAGACUCCAAGACAUCCAUUACAUGAAGUCUGAGCUGCAGCGGCACAUCGAGCACCUUCAGGCCGACACAGAGUUGCUGCUGAUGCUGAGGAAGCGUCUGGAGAAAGCGCUGGAUGCCAGUGAGACUCCUUAUGCCAUCGCCACCGAUAAUUUGACCUGCAGAGGAAGAAGGCUGGUGGGAGAGCUGGUCAGAGACACUGUGGAGGAGGAGCUGCUGAAGGAGGUGGAUUUGAUCGUUAGCGUCCAGGCUCUUCUGAAGAAAACUGCAGCUCAGGUUGUCGCUCAGAUCAAGAGGAACAGAGAUGCCCAGCAAUCGCUGGAGAUGGACUGGUCUGAUAAGUGUCAGGCCUACGGCUUUGAUGACACCAGUGGAAGACACAGUAACAGGAGUCUAGAUACACAGCAGCACCCCAGCUCCGCCACAAUGCAGGAGCAGGUUUCUACCCCCUCAUCUUGGACAAAGUUUACCCAAGAUAACCUGUCCAAGGCCCUGCAGGAGGAACAUGCCACCAACAGCCUCAGGAUGCUUGUGGAGCAAAUGUUGGAGGACACAACUGAGGACCUGAGAGUCCAAUGCUCCAACGUGGACCAGGCCUUCAGCCUGCAUUGUGAAGACCUCAUUGAGGCCAAGACCCAGCUGGAGAUGAAGCUAGCUCAGACUUUGGAGCAAAUUGGGUCCCAGGAGAGGAACAUUGAGGCUCUCGAGCAGGCCAUCCACGACAAAGAGGCUCCACUGAGAGUGGUUCAAUCCAGACUUUACCUUCGCUCUCUCAGACCAAACAUGGAGCUCUGCAGGGAUCAGCCCCAGCUCAGUUUGGAACGAGAGGUGAGGCAGAUUGACGCCACCUUGGAGUCUCUGAAGCAGAAGCUAAGCGAAGCCAGAAGCUCCCUGUCCCAUCUGGAGGAGUCACGGAUGGCUCUUCAGAAAGACAUAAACUGUAAAACCCACUCGCUGUUCAUUGACAGGGAAAAGUGCAUGACUCAGCGUAAACGAUACCCAACUAUCUCAGUGCUGUCAGGAUACUGAACAAUUCUGUGUUCAAAUUGGGAUUGUUGUGCUUUUUGCCGCGUGUUGCUGUGAUCAUAGGAGUGAAGAACAACAUUCAGUCCUCCAGAAGAGAUGUUUUCCUUCACAUGAAUCAUCCUUUUACUGUUCUUGCUUCAACUCUGUGUUUAAUGAGCUGCUGAAAUAACACAAGAAGUCUUAAUCAAAGCACCGUUGGGUUAAUUUAGCAUGUUUCAAUCAACAUUAAUAAAUAAAACGGUACAUUUUGUUUUUAUUCAGCAGCGAAUUGUGUUAGAUUUGUCAAAAAUACUUUAAUUCCUAGUAUUAAAAAGAACGGUUGGCAGGAAAGAAAUGACUGGAGAUAUAGGCAACUGUAUUACACCAAAACCACUUGAAUAAUCAGGAACUGUUUUUGUUUAGGAAUUCUUCUUAUAAAACUAUGCAGAGAAUAAAAACUGUUUCAUUCACUUUGAAGUAGGUACAUGAUUUUACCUGAAUGCACCAAAAUGUGCAACACAGCACUCUCUUCAGACGGGCUCCCACCGAUCCAGUAACGGUGUGUUGUCAUAAAUCAAAUGCUAUGCUGCAUUCUAGGCUCGCUGAAUGCUACAGGCGGCUGGAUAUGGAUUCUAGCUGAUUUUUCUUUUUGAGACUUCAUUUCAUGUGUGUAAUUCUCUUCAGUGUAGAGUGACCGCCUUAACUUAUUGCAGUACAGUCCACAUGUCUUCAUAGGUGCUGCUACACUGCCAUUGUACAGACUGCAGCAACCAAUUAGACCCUCAGGGCUCCGUCUAGGAGAGCAACUAACGUCCCUGCAGACCCCACACAUCCUGUACGCAAACUUUUUAGACUUUAGCUUUCUGAUCUGUGCUACAGAGCGCCAUGGCCACCACAGAGACAGUUUCUCCCCCCAGGCAGUCACUCUGAUGAACACUUGCCUGUUAAAGUAUCCAUAUUGAUAAAAUGUGUA